ACCUCAAGCUGAAGUUAGAGAAGCCACUUCUGAGAAGCAGAGACACCGAGCAAGUAACGCAUACUGAAACUGACCUGAACUAGCAAUGUACACCAGAUCAGACAGCCUGGUCUUAUCACUGCCAACGAACACUUUCUUCCAGCCGCAGCCGCAGUUUGAAUUCAGACCGAUGAUGCCGCGCAACACCAAGCCGGAGAUCUUCACUUUCGAGCGGAUCCCGGAGCCGCAGCAGCCGGCGUUCCCUCACCGCGGAGCUUCGGGCCGCCCGCGCAAGAGGAACACACGCGUCAUGUACCCCUCCAAAGUGCGCAAAUAUCUGCCACCGGCCGAGAAGAGCCCCGCCAAACGCUGGCUGAUCGUCCUGUGCCUGGUGGUCUUCAUGCAGAUCUACACGGAGGAGGGAUCCGUUGAGACCACGCAGAGUGAAGGACCAACUUCAUACAAUGUUCUCUCCUUCCAGUCUGCUGAGGAGCAAACCAGACAAAUGAUGGGCAGCUGUCCUGAGGACUUGAGCCUGAUGUCUCAUCAGCAGCUCCAGUCUAGCAGUGAGGAGCAGAAGGAGAUCUCUUGGCUUCUGAACACUACAUGCCCGAGCUCAAGCUGGGAGGAGGACAUCAACACUCUCUACCAGCAGAGCAGGAGGAAUGGAUACGUGGUGGCCCUUCUCUACCCAGUGUACCACAGACUUGGCACAGAGAACUGAAUGAACUCAGAAUCAAGUGUGUGGACUAAUCAAGUUCACUGAACCUUCUCGGAGAAGAAAAACAGGCUCCUGUGGCACCAAAGUCAUGCUAGACUCCACAGAGCGGGACGAAGUGAUGAAAAACACAAGCUGAGGAGACAUCUGAUGGACUUGAAUGGCAAAGAAACUUUAUAAUGGAAUGAAACUUGAAUGGCUCAUUUAGAUGUACUUGAAAAUGUUUCACUUGAAGUGUACAGAUUUACCAUGUAGCCUCACAAGUAGACCUGUUGUAUGUCUAAACCCAUGAGGGUGUCGCAAUGACCAUUUGUGUUGCUGAACGCUGCCGCUCGCAGAAAUACUUGAAUCCCACAUUGAAGAUUUUUAUAUGAAGAAAUAUUUGUUGUAGCUAUUUAUUUAAUGUUAUUUAUUUAUUGUUAUUUGCUUAUUUAUUUCCUAUUGUCUUGUGAAAUUAAACUGACAUUCGCAUCUUCAAUUCUUAGUUACUUUUUCAUUGUCUUCUUGUAAUAUUAUUAGCUCUAAUGAGCUGUGGUCUCACAAACUUGGUUCAAACUACAGUGAAGUACAAUACUGAAACAAGAGAAAUGGGAAAAUAUUUGACGUGUAUACAUGCAUGAAUAUUUAUGCUGAUAUGGCUCUUUAAAAAAACUGUGUUUGUGGAUUUCAUUGAAAUAUUAGAACAGAAAUACUUAACUACUCUACAAUUUUGAGUUUUUU